AUGGAUCCUGCGAGGACUCUUAGAGUGGACUGUCUUAAGUUAGAAAACUUUGACGGUUCCAACUUUAACGCAUGGCGUCGAAAAGUUAUCAUCGGGAUGCAACUCUUGAAAAUAUACUAUGUGGUUUCUGAGGAGAAACCUGACUCUGAAGAAGAUUCUGAAUCUGAAGCCUCUUGGGUUAGAGAUGAUCACUUCUGCAGGAGUUAUCUUCUUAACUGUCUGGCCGAUCAUUUGGCAGAUGCUUACACCAACAAGCUUUCUACAAAGGAAAUCUGGAAUGCUCUGGAGGACCAGUACAAUGAUGAGGAGAAGUUAUCCAAAUCUCACCUCAUUGACAAGUUUCUGGACUUAAAGUUUCAAGAUGACACUGAGAGGUUCAUUCGGAUCGAGGACAAGACUCGGACUCACACGAAGACUGAGCUCCUUUCUAAGCAGAAGGCGUCUGCUAACAUGUUGGCUGCUAAUUCUGAAAAGGGUAAUAAUUCAUCUUUCAACAAGAAGAAGAAGUUCUUUAACAAAAAGAAGAACCAUAAUCCAAAGAACCUGAACGUUCAGAAGAAGGAGUUCAAGAAGAGCGAGCGAGAUCUAUUCUCUUCUUAUGUUGCUGCCAAAGAGAAUGUAUCAGUGGCUGAUUGUUCUGUGGUUUCUGUUCUUGAAACUGGGAUUGUGGUGCUGACUCUCUCUUUAGGGAAGACUCUCACAUUAAAGGAUGUGAAACAUGUUCCCUCAAUUGCCAAAAACUUAGUCUCUAGAAGUCUACUAUAUGAUGCAUAUCGUAUUGAUAGCAUGUACAAGAUUAGUACUAUUGCACCUAACUUAGUUAUAAAUAAAGUAUUCCCUUCUGCUUACUCCACUGCAUUAUGGGGUAACAAACAUGAGAAGUGUGAAGUUUGCGCACAAGCAAAGCUGACGAAGAAGUCAUUUUCAAGUGUCGUGAGGAGCACCAACCUGUUGGAUCUGAUUCAUUCAGAUACUUGUGACUUCAAGAGCUUCGUCACUCGUGGUGGCAAGAAGUACUUCAUCAUAUUCAUUGACGACCAUUCUUGCUUCUGCCAUGUUUACCUGUUAAAAUCUAAAGAUAAAACCUUCAGCAAGUUUGUCGAGUUUCGGACUCGAGUGGAGAAGCAGCUUGGACUGCAGGUGAAAAAACUCAGGAGCGAUAGAGGAGGAGAGUACCAUUCUAAGGAAUCGGAGGCAUACUUCGAGGAGCAUGGAAUCAUUGCUAAAACUAUUGUUCCGUAUUCCUCGUUCCUGGACCUUGGAACCAACUUUAUCAUUGAAGCUCGGGAUGCAGAAUUCUUUGAGGAUAAGUUUAUCAAAGAUAAAUGCUCAUUGCUCAAGGAUAUAGCAGAGAAUACUAGUAUGUCAGAUACACAAGAGGAGCCAGUUUCACGAGAAACAGAAAGUGUAAAUGAUGACGGAGUUAUCGAACUGUAG